UUGGGCGGUCGGUGCUCAUCCCCUGAGGGGGAGCGGCCCUUCCCCGUCUCCAUGGCAACGAGACAGUAAACAAGAUGGCGGCGCCCGAGCCUGAGUAGGGUCGGGACCGAUAGCGCGGCCCCUCCGCCCCCUCUUUUCUUAUCACGGCUCAUGGCGGGAGGCGAGGAGAACGGCCGAGACGGCAGCUGCGAGGAGCGUCUUACCCCUUCUCGUGAGCCCCCGCAGCAGCUCGCUCAGGGGCGCCCCGAGGAGCAGCCCCAGCUCCGCUCGCCUGGCCAGGAGGACCACGAGGAGGAGGAGGGCGAAGGGGAAGAGGAGUCACAGCGCUCAGAGGGUCGGAUUGAGGGAGUUUUGGAUGAAGACACUGCAGCUGAGGGGCUCCACAGACUGGGCUGCUCAGCCCCUGGCCUUGAAUACGUUUAUCUCGAUCUAUUCCUCUCAGGUCGUGAGUUAAGGGACAUCCAAAUCCUCUGUGGAUUCGUCCACCUGCAGAAACUGGACCUUUCCUACAAUAAAAUUAAUGAUCUUUCUUGUGUCAGUCACAUGCCUUAUUUGCUAGAGCUGGACGCUUCCCACAACGAACUGACCGAGUGUUUCGGGUUCAAACCACCGAAAAACCUCAAGGAAGCGGAUUUUUCGUACAAUCAAAUCUCUAAAAUGCAAGAUUUGUCAGCAUACCAGUCCCUUACUAAGCUCUUCCUGGAUUAUAAUAAUAUUAAGGAAAUCAAAGGCCUGGAGAAGUGUCACAGCCUGAGCCACCUGAGUUUGUCCCACAACAGCCUCAGGGCCAUCAGUGGCCUGGAGAACCUGCCCCUCAGGACCCUCAGUUUGGUAAGAAAUCAAUAAUCCUGCUGGUUUCCUGUCAAUGGAAUAAAAUGCAUUUUUUUUUUUUUUAGAAUAAAAUCCUAAUUAGAAUAAAAUGAAUUGGAGCAAGGGAAAUUUAUUGAAGAGCAUUUGAAUUCUGAGUGGAAUCUUGAGGAAAACCAGGUUGCUGAGCUGCCUGAGCUCGAGUGGAUUGAAGAUCUGCCCCUCCUCCGAGUUCUAAACCUUUUAAAAAACCCUCUGCAGGAACAAGCAGAUUAUUGGCUCGCGGCGAUUUUCACGGUGCUCCAAGUCACGGAGCUGGACCUCAGGAAGGUUGCAGUGAAAGAAAAGGUUGCUGCUGUGAAUAAAUAUGAUCCUCCUCCAGAAGUUGUUGCUGCAGAAGAUCACAGGUCUCUGGUGAUAUCCCACAUGAUGCAGCCCCAGAAAAUCCUGCACAGCACUUUGCCUGGCCUGGACUCUUCUUACCCCAUGCUGGUGUUGGUGGGCCCCGUGUCCUGUGGGAAGAGGGAACUCGCUCAUAAGAUCUGCAGGGAGUUCAACAAUUUCUUCAGAUUCGGUCCCUGUCACACCACCAGGAGACCUUAUUUUGGGGAAGAAAACAGGCUGGAUUAUUAUUUCAUCUCUCAAGAAGCAUUUAAGGAAAUGGUGGAUACAGGGAGGUUUCUAGCAACCUACAAAUACAGUGGCCACCGCUAUGGAUUGGGAAGAGACCCUUUGGAAUCCAUUGCCAGGGAGGGGCUCGGGACCUGCGUUCACUUGGAAAUCGAGGGUGUGAGGAGCUUGAAGUGCACCUACUUUAAACCCAGGUACGUCCUGGUGGUGCCCACGGACAAGGAGAAAUAUGAGACACAUCUGAGGAGGACAGGGUUGUUCAGCAGGCCAGAGAUUGAAGAGGCAGUUUCCAGAGUGGACAUGUACCUCCAAAUCAGCCAGGAUUCCCCAGGAUACUUUGAUGCAGUCAUCAACACGGACGACUUGAACGAGGCAUUCACGGAGCUGAGUCUCCUCAUGAAGAUGUUCCUGAACUUGGAGCUCCCUGCAGCCUUUGAUGACAUCCAGGACACCAGAAGCAGAGCAGGCUCAAGAACUCAGCUCUUGUCCCCCGGUGGAGUGACUCGCUCUCCAUCUGUCAGUGACCUCUUGGACUCUCCUACCAAAAAAUAUCCCAGAGCCCUCUUGGACAUGGAGGCUGCACCUCCAGGCUCUGUGGAAGAAGCUUCUCUCCGAAGACGUUUUUCCACGGCACAUCAGGCCCUGUCAUGGAAAGCACCUCCUGCCCCUCUCCAGCUGCUUCCCAGGGAAGCUGCUCCUGCUGCUGACGGUCGGCGGGGUCCCAACAGCCACCACCCUGAGGGACCCAAAGCUGAGCACCAGGAUCCAAGAGGAGCUGGCAAUUCCAGGGGCAGGUUGAAAGGUUUGAGCCGUUUUCAUGGAAUGAUGGGAGCACAGGGUGGGCUGGGUUGGAAGGGACCUUAA